UCAGGCUGUCUAGUAAAUUGUCAAGUGUCAAUUGUAUUGUCAAAUGAAAAUAUUCAACUUCAGUUUCAACAAUGAAGUAAUUUGUGAUUCAUUCUCUGAAACUACACUACAAUAAAACCUUCAAAAUUAACUCAUACGCCGUUUAACGUUGAACUGAAGAGCACGUCAAUAUAACUUCACAAGACAUAAUAAAAAGAUUUAGUGUUAUUUUUAAAUCGUGAUAUUAACGUCGAAAAUUAAUUUUGCCAAAAUGUCACAAGCACGCCUCACGUCUUGCAUUCCUUUGCCGUUGGAGCAUAAAACCUUAGUAAAUGUAAUAGAAAAAGCCAAGGACUGGGCCCUGAUGCACGGUGUCGGCAUGAGAGACAAAAAGCACUUCAAUAAAGAUGUCAUUCAGAUAGCUCCAUUUGUCUUAUUGCCGUCGCCAUUUCCAAGGACUGAAUUUGAUAAAGCUAUAGAACUGCAGCCGAUUUUAAAUGAACUUAUGCAUAAGGUGGCCCAUGACGACUGCUUCUUAGAGCAUACCCUGCAGAAUGCUCUACAGGUUGACGAGUUCACAGCGAGCCUUUACGACAUUUGGGUCAAGGUCCGAAACGAAGGAGUCACUCAGCCAGUAUCACUAGGUAUGCUGCGUUCUGACAUCAUGCUGGAAUCCCGAUGCCCGCACACGGAAAACCAGUGUGCUAAACAUUCACCGUACUGUUCGUGGAAGCAAGUUGAGAUCAACAGCAUCGCCUCUGGGUUCGGUCAUCUCGGUCCAGUGUCCAGAGAAAUACAGAGCUACGUGCUGAGACAGUUGGGCCAUGGCGAUUUAAUUAAAAAUAUGCCUGAAAACAAGGCCCUGUCCGGUUUGUGUGCUGGCAUAACUGAGGCCUAUGACCUGUUCGGUGUGCCUUCCGCGGUCAUCCUGUUUGUGGUCGAAGAAGUGUCAUACAACAUUUGUGACCAGAGGUUCCAUGAGUUCGAAAUCGCUGAGAAGCGACCCGAUAUCCAGAUACAUAGAAAAACCCUGAACGAGAUCUUUGAGGAGACUCAUCUUAAUGACAAGAAGCAGCUUAUACUGGACGGCCGUCAAGUGGCAGUGGUGUACUACCGCUCGGGCUACGAGCCGGCGCAGUACCCGAGCUCCAAGGAGUGGGACGCCAGGCUCAGGGUCGAGAGGUCCACUGCUAUCAAAUGCCCGUCGAUUCACUACCAGCUGGCCGGUACUAAGAAGGUGCAACAAGCGCUGGCCUCCCCCGGCGUGCUGGAGCAGUUCAUGGGCGGCGGAGCGGCCACCAGCCGCGUCAGGGACAUCUUCACUGGACUCUACUCGCUGGACUUCGAUGAGACAGGGGAAAGGGCUGUGGAAAUGGCCUUGGCUGAUGCUGAGAAGUUCGUGCUGAAGCCGCAAAGGGAAGGUGGCGGUAACAACGUGUACGGCGCGGACGUGCGCGAUGCCUUGCUCAAGAUGCGACACUCGCGGGAGAGGGCCGCCUACAUACUCAUGGAGAGGAUACUGCCCCCGCUGGUACCUGGCUACGUAGUUCGGCCGGGCUCGCCGGUGCCGCCUCCCGUAGUCGACCUGGUCUCCGAACUUGGAAUCUUCGGAGUUAUCAUUGGGACCAAAGAUAAGAUCUGCUACAACCGUCAAGUUGGACACAUGUUACGUACGAAGCUGGCGGACGCCAACGAGGGCGGCGUCGCGGCCGGCCUCGGGGCGCUGGACUCGCCUUACCUAGUCGACGCGUAAUGACAUAAGCUACGGUAUACGCUAACGUGAUUUUAAACCUUAUCGUAAAGGCAUAAGUCUUGGAUUGAAUUAAAAGCAGAGUUAUAAAGAGCUUUAUUGAUUGCAAGUAGGUAAUGGUAAGUCAAAAUAAUAUGUCGUGAAAUCUACUGCCACUGUCGGUAAGAUAUUGAUUGACUUAUAGCUUUGACAGCUGGUAUGUUUUUUGAUCAGAAUUUGAAUUAUGCGUGUGUUAAAAUAAGGUUUAAAAUCGAUUUAGCACUUUUCAUGCCACCUUUGCGGUGACCACAUAAUUGCAUUCUGAGAUGUCAAUAAUAGAAAGAAAUAUUUUUCAAACGGCGUGUGAAUGGUUUACUGAACUAAGCUCUAUUAUCAAACAGUUUUAACUGGACUUACGUGUCUUAUUUCGAACUACCAAGCUUGGAUUCUGACGUCCGGCUUAACAGUAACAAAUACUUAAACAGUAUCCUCCAAGAAUGCGGCGUGAGGUUUUAAGCUGGGUGCGAAAGUAGGUCACUAAAGUCUUAACAUUCUAUAUACAUAAAUAAGUUGGUAAAUGGAUCACAAAGUACUAAAUGCAAGAUUAAAAUGAUAACAAAUUACACCAAAUAGUAUUUUCACCAAAUAGAGCUUAGUCUAGUAUUUUAAAAAAAUACUGUAAAAUAAGAAUUGGGUAUUUGAACCUAGUUUUUAAAACCUUUGUGCCUGUUGUGGUUUAAACCUAAAUUGAUUCUAAGAGUUAACAACUGUAGACUUUGUACAUUUUUUUUAAGUAAGGAGGUUCGGGCUAGUUUAGAAAAAAACUCCGUAAUUAAAUUUGCUAGUAUUAGUAUAAAUUAGCAUUUUAUCAAUGGUUUUCUUAACUUUGAUUUAUUGAAGUACAAAAAGAACUUGAUUAUUUAAUAAUUUAAACUUUAAUUCGUUCAUUUUACCCGUUUCUGUUCCCAUUAACCCUACUUUAGAA